CUUCUCCAACUUUCAAAGAGUUGCGCAGUCCGCUUUGCGCCUUUGCAAAGCCCCCUCACACUAAACUCAUCCACCCUUUUUUUCCCCUAACUUCUUCUUCUGCCUGCGUCGCUUCAUCAUGCUCCACUGCCAUGUUCCCCAUCUGCUCCUCUCUCUGCUCUGCAUCGGAUCGGCUGCCCAGUCUGAGUCGGACACAGAUGAAGUGGUUCCCUGGCUGCUGUCCGGACAGGAGGCGCACCUGUCCGCCGUCCACACGCUGCGGCGCCGCGGUCAGCGCUCCCUGGACGUCCCGGGGGGAGGGCAGCGUGACCCGGGUCAUAUAAUACUGUCAGUGCCCGCUUUUGGAAGGACCCUGUAUCUAAACCUGACGCGGGACACUGACUUUCUGUCGGGGGGCUUCGUGGUGGAGGAGAGGCGGAGGGAGCAGCCCGCAGCUGUGAGCAGAUUGUCCACCAAUCAGCGCUGCUUUUACUCCGGAUCCAUCGUCAACCACACGGACUCUCUGGCAUCCGUGAGCACCUGUGGAGGCCUGACUGGACUGAUCCAGGUCGGGGAGGAGAGCCUGUUCAUCCAGCCGCUGGGUGAAUACGACCCAUCACAGUCGUUCUCCGGACACAAACACCGGCUGCAGCGACAGCGGCGCUCUGCAGAGACCAGCUCUGCUCCAGAUGCUGAGCAGCCCGUCUACUGUGGGACUGUGCAAGGGAAGAAGAAGGAGAAGGUGACUAAAAUGGGUGAGGACGGUCGUGGGAAGAGAAACGCCAUCAGGCUGCAUGAAGCGUACACUGUGGAGACAGUGGUGGUGGCUGACUCCGACAUGGUGCAGUACCACGGCGCUGAAGCGGCUCAGAGGUUCCUGCUGACCGUCAUGAACAUGGUCUACAACAUGUUCCAUCACCGCAGCCUGGGGGUCAGGAUCAACAUUCGGGUCACCAAGCUGGUGUUGCUUCACAGCCGCCCAGAACGGCUCAAAGUGGGCCAUCAUGGUGAGAGGUCGUUGGAGAGCUUCUGUCAGUGGCAGUAUCAGGAGUUCGGGGGGCCGCGGUACCUGGGCACCAACCACGUUCCUGGUGGACGAGACGACAUUCCACCUGUGGACACUGCUGUGCUGGUCACCAGGACAGAUUUCUGCGUUCACAAAGACGAACCCUGUGACACUGUGGGUAUUGCUUAUCUGGGCGGAGUCUGCAGUGCGAAGAGGAAGUGUGUGUUAGCUGAGGACAACGGACUCAAUCUGGCCUUCACCAUCGCUCAUGAGCUGGGACACAACAUGGGAAUGAGCCAUGACGACGACCACGCCACGUGCACCGGUCACUCCCACAUCAUGUCUGGAGAGUGGGUGAAAGGGAGAAACCCCAGCGACCUGUCCUGGUCCUCCUGCAGCCGCGAUGACCUAGAGAACUUCCUCAGGACCAAAGCGAGUGUCUGCCUCCUGCACACAGACCCCAGGACCAGGUACCAGGUCCGGCUUCCUCCCAAGCUGCCGGGCAUGCACUACAGUGUGGACGAACAGUGCCAGAUCCUGUUUGGAACCAACGCCACAUUCUGUAACAACAUGGAGCACUUGAUGUGUGCUGGUUUGUGGUGUUUAGUAGAAGGAGACUCGACCUGUAAGACUAAACUGGAUCCUCCUCUGGAUGGGACAGAGUGCGGAGCAGACAAGUGGUGCAGGACAGGCGAGUGUGUCAGUAAGACUCCCAUCCCUCAGCAUGUGGAUGGUGACUGGAGUCCAUGGAGCCCGUGGAGCAUGUGCAGCAGGACCUGUGGUACAGGAGUCCAGUUCAGACAGAGGAAAUGUGACAACCCUCCUCCUGGUCCUGGGGGGCGACACUGUCAGAGGACCAGCGUGGAGCACAAAGCCUGUGAAGGCCCCCCCUGUCCUAAGGGGGCCCCCAGCUUCAGAGACCUGCAGUGUCUCUCCUACGACCGCCAUGCCAGCAAGAAGAAGGGCAGCAUGCUGACUGCUGUUAUUAAUGACGAAAAGCCGUGUGUGUUGUUCUGCAGCCCGGUGGGUCGAGAUGUGUCGGUGCUGAUGGCUGACAGAGUGAUGGACGGGACGCCCUGUGGACCGUAUGAGGCUGACCUGUGUGUUAACGGGAGGUGUCAGAAAAUUGGCUGUGACGGCAUCAUCGGCUCCUUAGCCAAAGAGGACCGCUGCGGUGUGUGCAACGGAGACGGGCGCUCCUGUAGGAUCGUGAGAGGAGACUUCAACCACACCAAAGGAAUGGUCACCACUAGGCAGUGUAAGAGGGUAUCUACCUGUGUGAUGGCUAAACCCAGAGCUGUCCCCAAGUGUUUCUCAUGCUACAUCGAGGCCGUGGUGAUCCCUGCAGGAGCCAGACGGAUCAAAGUGGUGGAGGACAAACCAUCACAUAGCUUUCUUGCCCUCAAAGACUCGAGUAAGAGUUCCAUCAACAGUGACUGGAAGAUUGAGCUCCCUGGAGAGUUUGAGCUGGCCGGGACCACCGUGCGCUACGUGAGGAGAGGACUGUGGGAGAAGAUGUCUGCCAAGGGACCCACGAAGACCCCCCUACACCUGAUGGUGCUGCUUUUCCAUGACCAGAGCUACGGGAUCCACUAUGAGUACACCGUGUCUCUGAACUUGACUCAGGACAGGAGCAGUGAGGAGCAGAGAGAACCAGAGUACCUCUACAUCUGGACUCACAGCAGCUGGCAGGACUGCACUGUUCAGUGUGGAGGAGGUGAAAGGAGGACAGUGGUUUCCUGUAUGAGGAUAGCCAAUAAAACCAUGGAGGUGGUCAACGAUAGCCAUUGUCAACCUGAGAACAGACCACAUCCCCAAAUACGACACUGCAACUCUCACCCCUGCCAGUACAGGUGGGUGACUGGAGAGUGGGGGUCCUGCUCCGUCACAUGUAGUAAAGGUCUGCAGCAGAGGGAGGUGGCCUGUGUGUACCACCUGCAGAACGGCUCCCUCAUCCACACCAGAGACCUGUACUGCCAGGGAGGGAAACCCCCGGUGAUUCAGGGCUGUGAGGGCCGACUGUGCCUCACAGUGUGGGAGGCUUCAGAGUGGUCCAAGUGUUCGUCGGGCUGUGGUGAAGGUGUUCGUAGACGGACAGUGUCAUGUACAAACCCUCAGAGUCUGUGUGAUCCCCUGUCCCAGCCCACCAAAGAGGAGCCCUGUGAGGACUUCUCCAAAUGUUACGAAUGGAAGACGGGAGACUGGUCCAAGUGCUCGUCAUCCUGUGGGAAGGGCCUGCAGUCCCGAGUGGUUCAGUGCAUGCACAAAGUGACCGGUCGUCAUGGUAACGACUGUCCAUCGACAUUGAGACCACCGACCUACCGACCCUGUCACCAAGGGACCUGCAACGAGAAAAUCAACGUGAACACCAUCACCUCUCCCAGGCUCGCUGCUCUGACCUACAAAUGCCUGGGGGACCAGUGGACGGUGUACUGUCGCGUGGUCCGAGAGAAGAACCUGUGCCAGGACAUGAGGUGGUACCAGCGCUGCUGUGACACCUGUAGGGACUUUUACGCCAAGAAAAUACUGCACAAGAGCUAAUGACCACAUUUCUCUCCAAAUAGCGUUCCAUUUUUUGUAAAUGUUUUAUAAUAUUGUUAAACGUUAUAAGAAAAAGCAGUUAAUGACAGAUGGAACUUUUUGUAUUUAAAUAAGAAAAAAAGCCAGUACAUGAAAGUGUACGUUUUUAAAAUGGGCUCAUAAGCUUCUAAUUUUGAUGAAGACUUGAAAAUGUCCUAUUUUUCUCUUUGCUGUACACCAAAAAAAACAAAACAGGGGAGUAUUUAGAAUUCCACUUCAGGAGGAUUUAUUGCACAGAAUGACUGAAAAUAUGUGCUCGAUUAGAAAGAAGACUUCUCUGUCUCUCCCUCCUUUAUUAUUACUAUGUUGUACUGUGUUAUAGUCAAAUGUUGCAUUUUCAAAAAAAAAAAACAAGUUAAAUUGUUUACAUAUAAUAUAAUUAUGAUACUCAAGUAUUAUUAUAUUCUUUGCUAAUGCAUAAUGAAAUACUGUAAGAAUACAGCCUAUCAACCAAACUGGUGUAGAAAGCAGAGACUUUGAGGGUACGUGGUUGUUGUGUUUAAGUCGGUGAUCUCACUUUUCUUGCAAAUAUUAUUACUCAGAUUUAACCUAAGGAUUUUUUUAGUCAUCUCUUGGAUCACCAUCUGUGCCAAAUUGUUUGUUUUGCAGUUAGCGGUAAGAAUGUUGGGUUCAGUCUGAGCAGAGAGAACUGACACUUUUUCACCUGCUCGGCUUUUUGUAGUACUUAGUCUGAUGUACAAGGCUGCUGACAUGUGACCUUAAGAUUCAGUGACUCACUUCCCUUGACUUUGCUGUAAUCAUAACAUGAACACUUUGGCAGAUAACAAAUCCAACGUCAAGUAUCCUGUUAAAGCAGAAAAACAAGGAUCCAGAUGUGUGUUCAGACCAGAAAUGCAGCAAGUCUUUUCCAGCGUGAUUACCUGAGGCAAUGCCGUCCCUAAAGUCACAAAAAGUACAAAAAAAUAAAUAGGUUACACUUUAUUUGAAGGGGUAUACAAAGGACUGACAUGACACCUGUCCUUAACAUGAAGGAGGCUUUAUGAAUGUUUAUGAAUGUUGUCAUCAAGUGUCAUUCAGUCAAUUAUACCACCUUCAAUGCAAAGUAGACCUUGUUAAGGAUGUCUUUAUAAUGACAACCUGAAAUUAAAAUUUCAUAACAGGCCUGAAUAUUAAGCUUAAAUAAACUAUUUAGCUGUAUCUGUUACAUGACAUUAACCUGUCACAUGAAGUUUAUUUUGACUUUGGCUGUCAUCUUAAUAACUAGUCCAGCGUGUUAUAAUGGUGUAAUGUGCUUAUAAGUUAUCAUCUAGCUGACAGGUUCAUUUCUUGUUAGCACAAAUUAGAUGAUAACUUGUGUGCACCAGGCAAUUGUAUAAUAUUUUGCACACAUAAUAGUCUUGUGUAACCAUGUUAUUAUCUUGUGGAAACAAGAUAAUUGUUACGUAAGCACAUGGCAUCUAAUUUGUGUGCACAAGAUAAUAACAUUUUUCAUAGUUUUGAACGUUAAAAAAAAAAAAAAAAAGGUUUUCUCAUCUGGAAUACAUACCUGACAAAUCUUGAAUCCAGACUUGUCUUUAUAAAAAUUUGCAUUUCAGCAUCCUUUCAUCCUGUUUAUGUCAUUUAAAUGUCAGUCAAACCUGUUCAUAGCGCUGAAGUAGGACUGAUUUCAGCUGACUUUAGUGUGACUUGUUAUAAACACUGUAGCUGUCACUCAGUGGAAACAGAUGGACUGGAGCUCCACAGCUGAAACACUGGUAGUCGGUGUCUUUCUGAGAAGUCUUUCUGGUACUGAUCCUCACUAACAGGUCAUCAAACUGUGACUUGGCCAGCCUUAAACUGAGCUGAGAAACAGCAGAAAGGUUCACCAUGACACAGUUGGAGAUCACAGAGAAGAGGGGACAUUAACUCUUUGAUUGUCCAACAUAUCUGGAGGAACAAACUCUCACAGGUUCUGUUAAUCUAACUUGCUGUACAUCUUUUGGUCUGAACACAUAAGAGCUUCAUUUACUGCUUUACUAUGAGCCUGUCCCCUCCUGCAGUAGACUGUAACUGUCAUGACUAUACAGCUGCUGCUGAACAUCAUCUGGACCCUGCAGACCAUUUUAGUCAUUGAGCCACUAAAUGUUACUGUUAUCAACAUACUUAUCAGUUUUUCUCAAAACAUAGAUGUGCCAACGCGUAAGGGCUAAAAGGGUCUGACUUCACCCACUAGUAGGUUUUUAGCAGGCUGUUAUCUCCGUUUUUACUCGUUUUCAUGAAGGUGUUUCACAGUCUUGUUGGUGAACCAGAUGACUUAUAGACCCUGUAUACAACUUGUGAAUUUAGUGAUCUGAUCACAGGUGGACGGUGCUUGAGUAAUGUGUCUUCAGUGACCACUUGUGUGUUUGGAUCUCACUUUGCCUGCUGCUGCUGCGUAUGCGAAUAAGGACCCAUCAUUCACAUGUAAUAUAAAAACAAAUGUAUCACCGUCUCAUCUGGUGGGAGGCAGCAUUGUUCUCCCCUGUUUUCGACAGUGGUACGAAAAGAUGAUGUCACUCCAGGGGGGUGUGGUCUUAAAUGUGGACAUAUGAGUGUUUCACACAACCAAACCAAUGUGGACAAAAAGCAUCCCAGGGUCACCUCCAUAUGUGACCUCAAUCCUCAGGACACAUUGUGGUGCGUUCACAUUUAGUAUCACCAUCUCUAAAUGUCACUUCUUUUUUUCUUCGACAAAGGUCAAAGUUGGUGGUCAUGUUUUUAAGUUAACACAUUUUUAAAAAAAGGCUUUAACUUGGUACAACAAUGUUGAGCAGGACCCUGUUAACCCUCAUACCUGGUGCAGAUGUGUGACUUAUUAUGUUGAUGACAUUUUAAUCAAUUGAUGGACUCACCUGUGUGUGUGUGUGUGUGUGUGUGUGUGUGUGUGUGUGUGUGUGUGUGUGUGUGUGUGUGUGUGUGUGUGUGUGUGUGUGUGUGUGUGUGUGUGUGUGUGUGUGUGUGUGUGUGUGUGUGUGUGUGUGUGUGUGUGUGUGUGCGUGUGCGUGUUUGUGUGUGCAUGUGUGUGCAUGUGUUAAUUAAAGGCCUUAAUCUCUCCUAGUUAAAUGGUGCUAUCUUAUGACCUGUUUCACCCCGGUGGAAUCAGCUGAUUGUCAGUAGUCGUCAGUGUGUUAACGGUUAUUUGUUUUUUGUAUGCUGUAGGAUUAUUUAAUACCAUGCCUUAUCAAUGAGUCUUUGUUAUUUUUAUUUGUUUUGCCAAUGUAGCUCAAAUAUGAUUCAUUAUUCCUGUACUGUACUUUGUUGUAGUUGCACAUACAGUAUGUUUGGUACAUAAACUGCCACUACAUGUAUUUGAUGGUGCUGAUGAUGUGGAACUGAGUAAAAAGUCCCUUUAAUUCUU